GCGCACUUCCGGCGCUGGGGCGGCGCAGCACACGCGGCCGGAAGUGGAGGGGACCGCGUGCUCGCUCUUUCUCCGGAGGAGCCCGAAGCAGCCGCCGCCGCCGCCGCGAUGGGUCGUCCGCGCAAGACCAAGAACCAGAAGAAGGAGCGCGCGGCCGCCCAGCUGCGCGGCCAGGAGGAGUUCGGCUCCGUCCCGCACUCCUUUGUCUUCCACCGCGGCCGCGUGGGCAAGAACCUGCAGCAGCUCAUCCUGGAUGUCCGCCGCGUGAUGCAGCCCUACACGGCCUCCAGCCUCAAGGUGCGCAAGAAGAACACUCUGAAAGACUUUGUGGCAGUGGCUGGACCUCUCGGUGUGACUCACUUCCUGGUGUUCACGAAAACCCCCACCAAUAUCAACCUUAAAUUCUUCCGUCUUCCUGGUGGACCUACCUUGACCUUCAGAGUUGCUCAGUAUUCGCUCAUCAAAGAUGUUGUGUCAACCCUGAAGCGGCACCGGAUGCAUGAGCAGCAGUUCAACCACCACCCACUCCUGGUCCUCAACAAUUUUGGCCUUCAGGGCAUGCACAUCAAGGUCAUGGCGACUAUGUUCCAGAACAUGUUCCCUUCCAUCAAUGUCCACAAGGUAAACCUUAAUGCCAUCAAGCGUUGUGUACUGAUCAACUAUAACCCAGACACCCAGAUCCUUGAAUUCCGUCAUUACAGUCUGAAAGUGGUGCCUGUAGGAAUAAGCAAAGGGCUGAAGAAGAUCAUGCAGGAGAAGUUUCCUAACAUGAGCCGUCUGGAGGACAUCAGUGAACUAUUGGUUAGAGACAUCAAUCUUUCUGAGAGUGAAGCUGAGCAAGAUGGCAGUCACAACACCACAGAGCUGCCUCAGGCCUACGCUGGCCGGGGGAACAUGAAGGCCCAACAGAGCGCUGUCCGCCUCACCGAGAUUGGCCCUCGAAUGACCCUGCAACUGAUCAAGGUGGAGGAAGGGUUAAGCCAGGGCAAUGUGCUCUAUCACAGCUUCAUUUAUAAAACGGAGGAAGAGCUCCAGGUGGCCCUGGCCCGGAAAGAGGCAAGGCUGCAGCUGAAGGCUGAGCGGCGCCGCAAGCAGGAGGCAGAUGUGGAACGCAAGCAGGAGCAGAAGCAGGCUCACAGGAAGAAGAGUCUGGAGGGGAUAAAGAGGAAGAAGAAGCAGGCAGAGGGAAGUGACAGUGAUGCGGAGGACCCUGGGAUGCAAGAGGACCAGAAGGUGGAUGAGCCAUCAGACGAUGACAUGGAGUAUUAUCGGCAGGAAGUGGGAGAAGAGCCUGAUGAAGAUCUGUUUCCCCAAAGCACUAAGAGGAAACGAAGGCCCAGUCAGUCCACCAGAGCUGGGAAAAGGCAUAAAUGCACUCAUCCUGCUGGUGACCAGAGCCCAGCAGCAUCUGCAGGGACCAGCACCAAGGCAAGGAAGCAGAGGACCCCACGGCCCAUCCAGUGGAAGCCGCAGAAGUUGAGAGGCUUCUCUCCUCGACAGCCCAAGGGGGCCCAGAGUCCGCAGCACAGGGAGGCUGGUCAGCCCGCGGUGCAGCACAGAGUGUCACCAAAGACCAGGAGGAAGCGGCCCCAGGCCCCAGGGCAGCACCACGCCCGGCGGCAGCCUGGCUCAAGGCCCUGGGGGCAGGGCAAGUCUGGACUGCGGCAGAAGCCGGUGCUUAAGGGGAAAGGAAGCUUCCGAAAGCCCGGACGUUCAGGGAAGAGGCCCGCCUAGAGCCCUGGGCCUCCCUCUCUUGGUUUUGUAUAGCUGUUUGCAGGACACAUAUACCUACUGAUUCACCGUGAGCUGCCUGCCUUUUUGUCUGACUGUCUCUGUGAGGCUUGCCCUUUCCCCAUUGCUUUGCAAGGCACAAAUAUCUUUGAAUCGCUACAGAAUUGGCCAGCGGUGUCUGUCAGCUGGAUAUGGUGGCUGAUAAGGCUUGUUUGCUGGCAAGGGAAUGGGGGGGAAAUCAGUUGUUGCUGGAAUAGUGGGAGAUUCAAGACAGCUGAAGAGUGUGGUGGCUGGUAUCCACUGGAACUGGUGAGGCAGGAGGGAGAGAGGCCAACAGUAAGUGGAGCCCGAGCCAAAAGUGGGCCGAUCCCAUUCAUUUUGUUUUCUGCCUCUUCCUAGAAGGGCAACACUGAUAAUAGGGGGGGGGGCAGAUUGGCAGGCCGUUUUGCCCCCUGAACUGAUUGUAAGUGAGAAGGCAGGUGCGGGGGCAGGCAGGCCUAGUUUGUCCUCCUGGGCCAGCCUGAUUCCUUCACGCAAUAUGUAGUGAUGGCUGCCAUUGCAAAUGUCUUUUCAGGGAGGAUAAUUCUUAGCCAGCAAGCCUAGUAGUCACUGAUACACAUUACCUCCAUUGUCAAGUGUCAAUAUGCCUUUGAAUAACUCUUGUUGGAGAGCAACAGUGGAGAGGGUGACUGCAUUUGUGUUUUGUCUCUGGGUUUCUCACAGGCACCCGAGAACUGAGAACAGGAUAGGUCUUUGGACUGAUCCAACAGGCUCUUCUUAAGUUCUUAACUGUGCAGCUUAUUGAGGGUAUAGUUCAUAACUAAUUCUAUUCUACUCCUCUUUGCUCUUUUUAAAAGUAAUUUAAAUUACUUUUGGACACUCCUUAAAAUGGGCCAUGGAGCACCAGUGACCCCGAGGUUGUUGGAUUCCAGCUCCCAUCAUCCCUGACCACUGGCCACGCUGGCUGGCUGGGGCAACUGGGAGGUGGAGUCCACAAUUUCUGGGGAGCCACGUGCUCUCCAUCCCUGCCUUUGAAGGUGGUCAGAGCAAGAUAGACAAAGUGUGGAUAUUCCCCUUUGAGGAGACCCAUUUGUCUGAGAAGUGGUUGAUACUUGAUCACACCGUUACGGUGAUGAGAUUCCAUGAGCAAUUUUCAAUAGUUUUCUGGUCUCAGAAUGAGACCCAUUAAAGGAAAUUGCUGCUUAGCCAUGACCACUCUACAGAUUAUUUGUGUAGUUGUGUCCAUGUUUGGAAUUCCGAAAGCCUUGCCUUCUGAAAUAAUAGCAAGAGCAAGUAUUCUAGUCCUCAUGGGCAAGAUAAUUUUUAGAAGAGUGAUCUCUGUGGCUCAUUUCAGGCAUCAAGCUGAACCAUGGUUAACACAGCUUGGCAUGAUAAUCUCAUUGUUAAAGCAGUUGAUUUAAGAGAUCCUUAUUUGGGUUUCUCUGUCUUUUUGCCUGAGAGAACAAAACACCACUACAGCUGUUUUCCCCCAUCAGGGGAAAAACUUAUGUGAGAGACAGAUAAAUGGAAAUGAUAAAUGGAGCUCUCAAAGUGGCAAUCACUAGCAUCCUUAACAGUCUGCACCACAUUUUGACUGUCAGAGGAAUGCUCCAUAGGAACUCAAAUGUCCAUCAAAAACUCUGGAGAACAUUUCCUUUAUCUUAAGGUGGGUGUGGGACCUUAUCUCUGAGAGGACUCUUUAGGCCUGAAAUGUACUUAUAAGAUACUAAGCAGCCAUCUGUACAUUGGUCAAGAGAAAUAUAUCUUAUAGGAACUA